AUGAUGAGCAGAAUACCGCCAAAGAGAGUAUACACACAGCUCCCGGUGUGGGUCGUAGAGGACCACCACGAUGUAAGCCGAACUGCACUCGUACUCAGCACUUCCAUUAAUAAUUUGGGGGGUUGGCGAAGCUUGUAAAUCUGUUUUUGUGUUUGUCAGGUGGUGAGCCACAUUUAUCGAGCCAUCGCAUCCAGACACCUCCCUCUGAGGAACAUCAGGAUGGUUCAUUUAGACUCCCACCCCGACCUGCUCAUCCCCAUCAACAUGUGUGCAGACACCGUGUUUGAUAAGGACACAUUAUUCAGGUAUCAAACAUGCGCUCUGUGAAAAGCUGCAUAGGCUGAGUAUGUUUCAUGUCAGCAUCAUUCAAACCGCUGAUGUCUGAAAGGAGGUCUUAUACAAUCUGUAACAGCAGGAAUGCAAUUAUUAUUACACAUGACAUGUAAAGUUCAGGGCACACUUCCACCGCAUGUAUUUGAUAGUAAGCACUAAGGGUAAUUUAGACUUAAAGUAUGAUUUUUUGUUGUUGUUUACACUAUAAAGUCUAACAUUUUGAUGAGAAAAUUCCAAAAUGUAACAACAGCAUAAGUGUAAGGACAUGUUGACAAAAACAGCUCGAAUCACUUUAACCCUUUGUUUAACUGGGAAUAGUGCAGAGAAAAACUGAAGAAUUUUAUACUUUGGUAAAACACACACAUUGUAAAUUUUUAUUUUUUCAUCAUGUGCUUUUAAUAUCAAAUUUUAACAAUUUAAAACAUGACUGGGAUAAAAAGGACAUUUGGAGAGGCUGAGACCCACCAGAAAACGAUGAAUAGGGCCUCCUCCUCUGAGGGAUGGUAUGAACUAAGAAAGGACAGCAUUUUUUUUUACAUUUUUUUUCUGAGCACUCAGUUGCUUCUAAUGUUACCAAGUGGACCAUAAACACUGCAAGGCACGAAAAAGGAUUUCUUGACUAAACGUCUUUUACUCUGUGUCUGAUGUUUCUUAGUGAGUUAAGUAUAGAGAACUGGAUCAUGCCCAUGGUGUAUGCUGGUCAUGUGUCCUGUGUGGCCUGGCUCCAUCCAUACUGGGCUCAGCAAAUCAGGGAGGGGGAGCACAGGAUGUUUGUCGGACGAGACCCUUCCACCACCACCAUCAGGUAGCACACACCCUUUCACUUGCUGUUUUAUGAGGUGUAUAUCUAGACUUAGAACCUAGAAUAUCUGUAGUCAGGCCACAUGACCACAUGACUGUUGCCUCAUUGGACUCACCCUUCUCUCCUUCUGUGUUUAUGUCCUCUGCUUCACACUCAGGGUUACAAGCACGGAUAACUACUUCCUGAGUGAUGGUCUGUAUGUGUGUGAGAAGCAGCUGGAGAAUUCCAAACCCCUCAGACUGAAUGUUGUCAAAGUGAACCCCAUCAAACCAGGUCAAAGGUCAAGUAGAGGUGAGUGCUAAGAGUAUCAGAUACAGAGAGUCUUUUUUAUAACUGACUGAAAAGAGAUGUUUUUCGAAGGCUGGCUGAGGCAGAGCUUGAUGUUUUGGACCUGUUCCAUCUGUUGUGGCCAUAUCAAGCAAUCAUGUAGUGCAGCGGAGCAGCAUUACUGUACUCUGCUGUGGGUGUCACCCCAUGCGUUGUUGGGGGCAGGCUGUUCCGCUGUGCUAGAGGCUCAGAUGUAAUAGGGAUGUUGUGGUAAAUGAACUUCAAAUGUUAUAAUGCACAGGUAUGUUAGCCAGCAGAUAACUACAUAGAUGUAUAGGCCCCUGCGUAAACCUUUAAUAAGCUGAUCUAGGAUGUCUUUUUCAUACUUCUUUGUGUUGUUGUAGUAGAUUUGUCAGAGUGGUAUGCCUUUCUCUCCACACAUGGAAAAAUCAAACAAAUAUGAAAUAUGCUGCAACAGGAUAAUGUUGCUGAAGUUUCUGUCAGAUCUGUAACCUUUAAGGGACAGGUUGAGAAAACCUGAUGCAAAACCUCCCCACCUAGACUUUUGGAUCUGGGCCCUACACCACAAAGCAGGAUUUGCAGUCAUCAAUGUAACUUGAGGGUUUACUCCAGAUUUUUUGUAAAUUGAAGGUUCACUUCUAACUAGGAUGGAUCACCAUGGUAACCUGUGUUGAACAUGUUCAGGACAGGAGAUCUGUUUAGUAAAAAAAGAGUGAAAGACUCUGCCCAUCUGGACUGGAUCAUUAGAAUAGUUUUGGUUGUAACCUACAUAUACAGAUCUAUUUAAGUGGAAAUGCUGAUUAAGCAUUUCCACUUAUUGUUAUUCCUGUCGGCCGUUUUGUUUAUUAUUAUUAUUAUUAUUCCGCCAAUAUUCGUCCGCCUAUAACUCCUUCCUACUUUGUGCUAUUUAAACCGUUCAAAUUUUAAACUAUUCAAAAAAAUUCAGCUCAUUAAGGACAUUAUGGAGUGUUAUUAGGAUUUUUUAAUUUAUUGUAUCAAUAUGAUUAGUAGAGUGUUGCAGUUCUCACAAGUUUCUUAUCAUGAAUAUAGCUGUUACAGAGAAAGAGCAUCAGGGCAUAGUCUGGCAUUUUGUUUCUCAGCUUCAAGCCUCCUUUCUCCUGCUGUAGUGAUGCAUCUACGGUCCCCGUGGCCACCAAUUAGCGCACCUGGAGACACACAGCUGACUGGAAAGCUGCUUCUAAUGGCCAUAUGAGACACAUGAAGCCAGGCUCAACACACAGAGCUUUGGGGGUGACAUUUAAAUCCCUUCACUAGAGCGCUUGACAAACUUCGGCCCCUAUCUCCUCCCACAAACUUUGAACUACAGAAACCAUUCAGGGCUCCAAAAAUUCAGCUCAUUGAGGACAUUAUGGGGUGUACUCAUCAUUGUGUUUAUGAGGGGCAGAGGAUUCGUACGAUGUUCUUAUUUUCACUCUGGGACUUAAGGAAAUCGCACUAUGUGAAGAAGUUCAGAGGCCCUAAAUUCACUGCAGUUAGGCAGCUUCUCAUUCAAACAGUAGGUCAGUUAAUAGUUAACAGGCACACACACACACUCUGACAAUGUGUGUGCGUUAGUCUCUUUCUGUCUAUGAGACCUACAGGUACACACAGUAAUUAUGUGUCUGCUUCACCACCUAUCUCCACCCACAAACUUUGAGCUACAGAAACCAUUCUGGGCUUGAAAAUUUCAGCUUAUUGAGCUAUUUCCUCAGCUUCAAGCCUCCUCUCUCCUGCUGCAGUGAUAUACCUUCCUUCACCAUGGCAACCAAUUAGUGCACCUGGAGACACACAGCUGACUGAAAAGCUGCUUCUAAUUAGCCUGGCUGGGCCAUCCUGUUGCGUGAAUCACUUGAUGUUCCUUCCCACCACAGUCUAGACGAGUAUUCCCGAUCAGAAAAUAACCGGGCCAAUCAGAGACCGUGUUUCCACUGUUACCCGGACAACAGGGAAAGGCAGCCCCUGAUUGGUCCAUGUGUAGUGGUGACGUCUAACACAUGCUGCGGGACUUUUCAAAGCGCCUUUCAUUUAGAACGCCGUUAAUUCUGCAGUUGACUCUGCAAAUUCGGCAAAAAUCGUUUAUAUCUGACAUCUUCUGCGGAUCUAAACGAUUUCUGCCGACUUUGCAGAGUCAAUACUUCUUCUAUUCUAAAACUACUUCUACUGCUUACAUGACUACUAAUAUCACUACUACAACUACCUAUUAUCACACUUCUUCUAGUACUAAAACUUAAACUUAUGCCACUUCUUACUUUUCUGUGUUUGAAGGUCAUUUUCUUCCUUAUCCAAUUUUUUUGCAAUUUCAGACAGUUUUCUUGCCUCUUUCAGCAUGAAUGCAAUUUUAAUUUAUGAAUCACAUUCAUACUGUUUGGACUUCAUACAGUUUUCACUUUCAUCCAACUUCCACUUCUUCUUCUUCACCACUUUAACCAAUUUUACAUUUAAACCUUCUAUUUUUUAUUAGCAGUUUUGCAUUGCUUUUUUCAGCUUUCAGCACUCAGCAUUUCCACGCAUUUUCUGCAUUUUCUGCAUUUUCUAUUUUCUAUUGGUCUAUUAUUAUGUAUCUGUGGUUGAAUCUCAAUGAGUUUCAAUAAUUGUUUACUCCAACAAUGCUGAUGUUUUCUUUUACUCAUAGAUCAGUUUAGAAACAGGGAUGGUUCACCUCCUUGGUACUGCUUUUGAUACUGUUUUCUGAUGUUUCAGGACAAAAUUCAGUGGAGGACUUAGAGAGAUGGUUUGUGAAGAGACAGAGGAUGGACGGGGAGACAGCUGAGGAGGCCGGCUGCUCUGAGACUCUCUUUAAAUUUACUGACUCACUGCAGCCAGCAGGAGUCAGCGCUGAGGCAAUUCUGGGUACUGGGAAGAGUCAAAGCACUGAGACAGAUGACAAUGAUGAAGGAUCACCAGCUUAUGUUGUAAAGAUAUUAUCAACAAUGCUAAGUGAGACAGAGCCAUACAUACUAGACAUCGAUUUAGACUUCUUCUCCUGUAAAAACCCUUUCAAGGAGUUAUACACACAGGUAUGUCAGGUCAUAAUUAUAUGCAAAUGUCCAUAGCUUUAUAUCUUACUUUUUAUAUGUAUAUAUGAAUUUAUCUGAAGUUUUGUUAUAUCGUUAUUCUUUUUAUAUAUUGCAUUUUUGUUUCUGUUUCCUUGGAUUCACCUCUGCCUCAUGCUUAAUCUGUUUUCAGAACGAGUAUGACAUCUUGAAGGAGCUCUACAACUUUAGAGGACCUGGACCGAAUGCCACUGAGGUCAGACCAAACACUUCAGCUCUGGGACACGUACAUCUAUGGUGACAUGAUUUAUUUGCAUAAAUAUACAGCACACGCAGGGCCUGAUUCACAGAGAGAUUGUGAGAUUUGAAAUCUACUUCACAAUUCAUAUGCUAAGGGUUGAAUACUCCCUGAAAUAAGCUGCAAAACAACUACAGUUUCAAUGCACCAGUGUUGUUUUUGUAUAUGUAAGUAAGAUAUUAUUUCUUCUUUUCGGCAAAUUUUGUCCUUUCUAUAAAUAAGGCCCCAUAAGUAAUAAAAAAAAACCUUGUUUACAAAAUCAGUGCUAACAGACAGAAAUUUUUACCAUCCCCUGGAUGUUGGUGGUAACUUAGCUGUAGUAGUUAUCAGUGAUGUUAGAUGUUACAUUUUCUGGCAAACAUGAUCGUAAUUCCAUCAGAUGACUAGUGAUGGGCACGGAAGUUCUUUUAGAUGUACUGGAUCAUUAGAAUCAGUUCACUAAAAAGAUUUGUUCAAAAGAUUCGUUCACUGAAUCAUUCAGUGCUUGGCUUCCUGAACUGAUACACAGCUGAACGGUUCAGGAUUCAGUUUAGAUCAUAACUUCUAUGACUGGGAGACGAAAGUGUUUGGCUGUGUUGCUUUGGCAAACAGGUUUCUAAAAAUGAACUUGAUUAUAAAUCAUGAUCUUUUAAGUGUAUUGUCCAAUGGAAUACUAUUUUAUCUACUCGGUAAAUUGGGCUCAGUGAGUGAUUCGUUCACUGAACGUUUACCCCGCAGUACAUUUAGUGAAGAAUUCAAACUGAACAUGCACCGUUCCCUUGCAAACCACUGCAAUGAUAGGAUCCAACAGACACGCAUUUCUCAAACUGCGGGUUUUAUACACUACUUGUGACAUGCUUUGUCCUACUGUUUGCGAGUUGCUGUGGUGGCAAUUUAGCAGUUAAAAAAAAAAGUUUUGUCCAAGGUACACUUAAACACAACACAUCCCUAUCUCCCUCCGUUGCUCCUGUCAAGAGCUUGCUACAGUUGGUGAGUCUCUCUCUUUUCUCAUUACCCCCAGCCUAACAUUUUAAGUUUGUUUAAUUGGGAACUAAAUCUGUUUAAAUAAUGGGGAACAACGGUCGCCACAAAAGUGUACCCCUCAGACAAAAAUCAUUCCAGAGAGGGUAGUUCACUGCGUGAUUCGUUCAGUGUUUUAGGCGUCGGCGUGUGUGGUCCCUCGCUCGCCAGCUGCUUGCCCAGCAAUGCUGUGUGCUAUGGCAGCGAUGCUACUGACAGCUCAGCUGAAGUGAGAAAUGACCGAAUCGCUUGAGGAAGUGAUCCGGUUCAGUACAUUCACUUAAAAGAUUCAGUUCCUUUAAACAAAUUAUUCGCAAACGACACAACACUACAGAUGACCUGGGGCCUCAUUUAUAAAGCUUGCUUACGCACAAAACCUGGCUAGAAAGUGCUUACGCCACUUCUUACGCAAGAGUUGGGAUUUAUAAAAAAAAAACUAGUGUAGGAAUGUGCGCAACUUUAAGCAAACUCCACACCUUGCUUACGCACUUUUUGGAGACAAUCGGAGCAAGGUGAGAACAAUUGGUUAAUGGAAAGCGCGUGUAUAAAAAGCCAUACAGUGACAGUCGUGCGCAAUGCAGCACAAGUUUCAAGUUUUAUUUGUCACAUGCCUAAAUGUACAGGUACAGUGGCAGUGAAAUGAAAGUGACGUCUGCGAUUGUGCCAAAAAAACAGAAUAAUAAUAAUGUGAAGUCUGUUCAGAGGGUGUUGUAAGGUCAGUUAUGGGGUGUGUGUUAUGAGGAGUUCAGGAUCCGAGUGGCCUGGGGGAAGAAGCUCCUUUUCAGCCUCUCAAUCCUGGCUCUGUCGGAGCGAAGCCUCUACCUGAGGGCAGCCACUCAAACAGUCUGUGGUUGGGAUGGUGAGUGUUUGAUAAUCCGUCUUGCCCUGGACCUGCACCGCUGGGUGUAGAUGUCUUGGAGGCUGGGCAGUGCAGUACGGGCGAUGCGUUCAGCACAACGGAAGACUCGAUGCAGGUCCUUUCUGUCCUGAGAGCUGCAGCUGCCGUACGAGGCAGUGAUGCUUGCAGAAAGCACAGACCACACUGUGGUGGUGUAGAAAGUUUGCCAAUUUGAAUUUACAAAUGUGCAAAAAACAAAUUCCAUUUACAUGCAUUUGUUUUAAGAUUAAUAUGACUAAAUUUUUUUGGUUUACGAACUUUCACCACAUAAGCAGCGGUGGAUAACGGAGCAGUUUUUUUUUGGAACACAUGCAUGAGUGUCACACGUGCUUGUGUUUUCUGAUCCUCACCUGUCGCCGCCACGCUCCGAUGGUGCAAAGCCACUUUUUUCUUUGCCUCCACCUUUAGAUCAGACCACUUCUUCUUGGUUUCGGCAACGCUGCGCUCAGUGCUAGCCGCACUUACCGCCACGGCAACGGCGUGCCAUUCGGUGGCUUUUCUUUUAUUAGUGAUGCCACUCGAAUGGCCGCCGAAUAAGGUCUCCCAUCUCGAUGCCACCUCAUUUACAAGAACCUCCACCUCGGUCUCUGAAAAGUUUCUUUUUCUACGACUUACUGAUGCCAUGAUUAAGCGUGAAAUGCCGUGGAUCCAUCAGGCUUAUUUAUAUGCAAAUCACAUUCAUGAGGUCAUUUGCAUGACCAUACAUGGUGAAUUUUGGGUGUGGAGAGGGUGAGGCAUGAAUCAAAUCCCUGCUGCGCAACUUUCCGGCUGGUCUGUGAUUUAUAAAGGGAAAGUGCGUGCAGGUGUGUGUAGGCAGGGUUUUAUAAAUCAGAUUUUUUUUUGGCCUACGCACUUUUCAGCUUUUCAACUUACGUACACUUUUAGUAUGGAUCCUACGCCAGGUUUUAAAAAUGAGGCCCCUGCUGAUGAUCUAUCUGUACAUUGAGUCUGUAAAUCUUAAUAAAUAAGUAUUGGUGUGUUAGGAUCGUAAAGAGUUGUUUCUACAGAGUGGGUCUGAUUCAUGAAACAAUAAGGUGAACAAAAUUUACAGGUAAGCCAUCAUUCGUCAAUAUUUUAGUAUUUCUGAUUUGCUUGCAGCUCCGAACAAAAUCUGCACCUGCCUCUGACCACUAGUAGAGUUUGUGUAAGUGAAGAUUACACAGGAAUAUUGUCUAUCAUCAGAAAUCCCUUUUUAAAUUUCUAACCCCAACCCUAUCAAUUAGUUUUCAUUUAUAUUGCGCCAAAUCACAAUAUCUCAAGACGCUUUUGAAAAGAGCAGGUCUAGACCGAGCUCAUUGUUUAAUGUUUAACAAAGACCCAAGCUCAAGAUGGAGAAAAAUUUGACCCAUAUAUAGACCUACUCUUAACCCAUCUUGAACCAACAUGAGUGAAGCACCUGCAGCAUUUAGCAAGUUAGAGUGGAGAGGAAGAAUUUCCCUUUAACAGGCAGAACCCUCAAGAAGAACCAGACUCAUGUUAGAUAGCUACCUGCCAACACUGGGUUAAGAAAGAGAGGGGUUAGAUGAAGAUAAAGAGAGAGAGAGCGAGGGAGAGAAGGGGGAUGACAACAUCAAACAACAACAAGCAGCACCAACAACAGCAGCAGCUCAUACAGAGUUCUGGUUACAGAGCCAAUAAUGUUGGAAGAAUGAGUUCUGUUUGCAGGAUCAGGAAAUAAGCAAUAACAGACUAAUGUUAAAUUAAUUUAAGGAGAUUAAAGUCGCCCAAAUAGUAUAGGGUGACCAUAUUCUCAAUCCCCAAAAAGAGGACACGACUACGUGGGGGCGGAGUCACGGAGUUGCGCAAAGUAAAUUUUGAGAGUUUUUCAGGUCGGGUCGAGUGUUUUUUACGUGCUUCUAACUUAGUAAGUCCAUGCGACACAAGCUCAAAACUUCUAUUUAAAACCCUGGACAGGCCUGACAGCCCCCCAAAAGAGGACAUGUCUAGGUAAAAGAGGACAUAUGGUCACCCUGAAAUAGUAGUUCAGCAUCCCUCUACAUAACAGCUCAGGUGAUGCUCAUUUGGAGAAUGGAUCUGUGAGAGCCACCUGAUUUAUCUAUAAGACUAUGACCAGUUUAUAAACCUCAAUUCCAGUGGAGUUGAAUCUGGUAGGCUGUCUGAAGUCAUUUAUUUAAAAAUCUGCAGACUACAUCUGGAGUCCAGAUAUAUUGGGAUAAGAAACUCUCUGUCCUUCAGCCUGAUUUAACACACCUGCAUACUUGUAUUUGAUGUAAACCUGCUACACCCAGUCUGACUGCAGAAGAACGUUUUUUAUCUCUUUAACUGUAAAUGCACUGUGUUGAAAGAGGCACAUACAGGAUUUUGUGAAACAAGUGAAGCUAUUUGUUUUGUUGUGAAUGUUAACAUCAUGUGUGUGUGUUUGUGUAUCCAGGAGGAGCUUGAAGAGUGUGUGGAUCACCGUGUUCGUCAGUUAGAAGAUCUGGAAGCAGCGUUUGCUGAUCUUCUGGAGGAUGAUGGAGAGGAAACAGUUACACGCUGGGCCAGUAACCCGGGGUAAAGUUCUUCUGAAAUGAUUAGUCUACAAACCAAGUAACCCGAAAAUCAUGUGGCUAAGGUGUAACACGUUCUCCAGAUAACUGAUCAUUAGUUUCUAAUCGGUUACAAAAAUCUGCUGUGGCAAACAUCUAGUAUCCUUGAACAUUGUGACAACAAGGACUUUGGAAGAGUUUGAAUAUUUUUACAAAUAAUUUCAAGUCUCAUUCAGGCAACCAGUGCAGAGCUGUGGAAAUGCAUAUUUUCUUUACACUCACACAGUCCUGAGGUCCGACCCAUUAAGGUACAUAACAACACCUGUGUCAGUGGGCUAGGUUUUUGAUGAGAUGUUAAUUUAGUGACUUAACUUUAAAUGACAGCUCUUUUGUGUUCCCUGCAUGUGUUUCCAGCAUGGCUUCAUUAGCCCAACUGGUCUCCAGUUUGAAGUCCAGAAAUCUAUCUCCAGAUUAUGAAAUGGUAAGAGAGUCAAUGCACUUCUGUUCUAGCCAGUGUGUUACUGAAAUACUCUGCAGUCCAUAUGUUUUCUUAUGGCAUAACAGCCCUUCAUGCGUUGUUAAUUAAAUAUGAGAAAUGCUUCAUGAAAGAUAAGUCAGUGACAGUGUGUUAAAUGGCAGAUCUGUAAUUUUGUAUUAACGGGUUAGGCUUCACAUUUGAAGUUUGUGUUCUCAGGUCCAUCAGGCAGGUUUAACCUGUGACUCGAUGGAGCUGCCUCACCACAUCAGCUCUGACGAGGAGAUCGACAGACUCAUCUCCGCUGUGCAGCUGUUUUUGAAGGCUCUGCCCAAACCCAUGCUGGUUACCAUGUCCAGGUGAAAAUUACAUACCCACAAAGUUAAAUGCACAAAAUGAAAAAUGCCACCCCGCACAAGUUUGUCGCUUAAGCGCGCUCAGCCUGAUGCAGUCUCUGAAAUGAGACACAGCCAUAGAAUGGACAGCAUCUGCCUCCUCGCUGGGUGAAGCCACUCCAAGAACAGCACCCUCUGUUGACGGGCUGCAGUAUAGGUCAUAUAUCCAGCCUCCGCUAGCAAAGCUUAUGGGGCUGUGGACAAACUUUAGAAAUUUAUUACACAGAACAUCAAUUUUUCUUCCCCCUGCUUGCAAUGUUGACAUGUAGUUACAGUAAGACUGGUUUGUGCUCAAGUCCUCUUUUUUCUUUACAGCUCCGUUUUUAAAAGUUAUUAGGGGGUUCAUGUUUUCUAUGAUUGACACCUGAUACAGCCUAUGGGCGUUUGAAGAUUGCGUAACUCACCCGGGGAUACGCUGUUUGAGCCAAGCAUCAUCACAGCGACUCUCAGCGACUCCCCCGCCAAAUGAGUACAACGCUACUGCCCAAUGCUGAUUCUAGGAAAUGAAGAAAAAUCACGGAAAUACAGAGAGCUUUUUGGCUUCAAAUCCGUAAAAUGGCGGGAGGUGGAACCAAGUUGUCCAUAGUAUAUACAGUCUGUGGUGUGGACCGACAAAGAGGUGGAACAGCUUUUAGAAUUCGCCCCUGAAAAGGAUGCUUUUUAAAAAAGAGAGAGUGGUUUUGAGUUGUUUAGCAUUUGUGUUUUCAGUUAAAGUUUUGUACAUACCUGUGUUUGUUUGCAAGUUCACAAUUUACCUAAGUCUGGCAAAUAAACCUGCUAAUAAAUAAAUUCAGGCUUUCUCAUGAUCCACACCUGAUGUAGUUUUUUGAGCAUCUUUCAAACUUUUUAUUGUUCAACCAAGUUUUAAAAAAGUUAGGAUGAUGGGUUAAAUGUUGAUCAAACAUUUUAUGUUUUAUAUUUUAUACUUAAUGUGAGUAAACAUGGAAUCAUGAGAAGUAGACUUAAUUGUUAGCAUGACCUGAAAGAUUGAAAGAUUUUGAGAAUCUGAGAAAAUCUACCAGCGGGACAGGCUGAUGACUAAUACCGAACGGUCAUCAGGCGGCACUGCAUGUGAAAGAGAUGCGACUUUGUAGUGGAAAUUACUCCUCUCACUCCUCAGCAUCGAGGGCAAGAUUUUCUUCAGUAUCGUUGCCCAGCGCUUGAUGGAGUUCCUCCUGAGGAACACAUACAUCAACACCUCUGUGCAGAAGGGAGGAGUCCCAAAGGUCCCAGGAUGCAUCGAGCAUACAGGAGUUGUCACCCAGCUGAUCCGGAAAGCACGAGAAGGCAAAGGAGAUCUGGCAGUCCUUUGGCUCGACCUUGCCAACGCCUACAGGUCCAUGCCACACAAGCUGGUGGAAAUCUUGCUCGACCAACACCACGUUCCAGGCAAGAUCAAGGACCUCAUACUGGACUAUUACAGCUGCUUCAGUUUGAGAGUCACUUCCGGAACAGAAACAUCUGCAUUCCAUCGGCCUGAGAAGGGCAUUAUCACAGGAUGCACCAUUUCUGUGGUACUGUUUUCCUUGGCCAUGAAUAUGCUGGUGAAGUCAGCAGAGGUGGAGUGCAGAGGACCACUCACCAACUCAGGUAUGCGACAGCCCCCCAUCAGAGCAUUUAUGGAUGAUCUGACGGUGACUACAACAUCUGUUCCGGGCCGUAAAUGGAUCCUCCAAGGCCUGGAGCAUCUCAUCAGCUGGGCCCAGAUGAACUUCAAGCCAGCCAAAUCCAGGUCCUUGGUGGUGAGAAAGGGGAAGGUCGCAGAGAAGUUUCGCUUCUCAAUAAGAAAUACCCUGAUUCCAUCUGUGGGAGAGAAGCCAGUUAAGAGCCUGGGCAAGAUCUACGACUGCACCUCGAAGGACACCACAGCACUCCAAGCAACAUUAGAGGAGUUGGGAACCUGGCUGACGGCAGUGGAUAAGUCGGGGCUACCAGGCAAUUUCAAAGCCUGGAUUUACCAACAUGGCAUGCUACCUUGACUUCUCUGGCCACUGCUGGUUUAUAUUGUGCAUGUGACCACCGUCAAGUGCUUCGAGAGGAAGGUCAGCUCUUUCCUGCGGAAGUGGUUGGGCCUACCACGAAGCCUCAGCAGCAUCGCAUUGUACGGGAAGAGCAGCAAACUUAACAUACCCUUCAGCAGUCUGACGGAGGAGUUUAUGGUUACCUGUGCAAGAGAGGUGCUGCUGUAUAGGGACUUAAGUGACAUCAAAGUCUCCUCAGCUGGCGUAGAAGUGAGGACCGGCAGGAAGUGGUGUGCUCAAGAGGCAGUCGACCAGGCUGAGUCCUGCUUGCGGCACAGUGAGCUGGUGGGAACAGUGGCAUCCGGACGGGCAGGACUUGGGAGCAACCUGAGACCUUCAUACAACAAGGCCAAGGGGAAGGAAAGGCGUCAGCUGAUCCAGGAGGAGAUCCGAGCCAGGGUGGAGGAAGCGCGCUGCAGUAAGACAGAAGGGAUGCGGCAGCAGGGGGCAUGGACCCGUUUGGAGGAGGCAGCUACCCGAAAGGUCUCGUGGUCAGAGCUAUGGCGAUCUGAGCCUCACCGGAUCAAGUUCCUCAUCCAGUCGGUCUACGACGUCCUCCCAAGCCCAUCCAACCUCCACCGCUGGGGCUUGGCUGAGAACCCACUGUGCCCUCUCUGCCAAAGAACAGGAUCACUGGAGCAUUUCUUGAGCUGUUGCCCAAGAGCACUGGGAAAGGGGUGCUACCGCUGGCGCCAUGACCAAGUGCUACGGGUCAUUGUGGAGGCCAUCAGCACAGGCAUCUCCACCAGCAAACAUGUCCAACCAUCAAGGCAGACCAUCGCCUUCGUUAAGGCUGGGGAGAAGCCGCAGCAGCUCAGGAGGCAAGCAGGGGGGCUGCUGGCAACAGCCCGGGACUGGCAGCUGAAAGUCGACCUAGGGAGACAGCUCAAAUUCCCGGAGAACAUCGCAGUGACCACGCUCAGGCCAGACAUGGUCCUGGUGUCUGAAACAACAAGGCAAGUGGUCCUGCUGGAGUUGACUGUUCCCUGGGAAGACAGGACGGAGGAGGCCUUUGAGAGGAAGAAAGCCAAGUAUGAGGAGCUGGCAAGUGAAUGCCGAAGCAGGGGAUGGAGGAUCCGAUGCAACCCCAUCUCAAGAUGCUGGGAGUGGGGGGACUGCACAACAGGCGAGCCAUCAAGAACAUCUGCGACGCAGCAGAGAAGGCGUCCAGAUGGCUGUGGAUCAAGCGGGGUGAUCCGUGGUCACAUGCUCUUAAGACACAAGCCGGGACUUGAUCACCCCGGCUGGGUCCCCUGGGCGAGGGUGUCUGUUGCGAGACCCGAAACACCCAGUGAACCCAGGUGCCAACACUGAUGAUGUGUCUUAAGUUGCACCAUAAGUGUAUUUUAGAGCUGGUUUUAGCAUUUGCUGUCAUCUCACAUCCUUCCAGCUCCACCCUGCCUUUCAAGAACAGUCACUUUUGGCUUUAUUAAAAAAAAGUUUUAAAUCAAAAUGGUCAAAUCACAGAUUUAAAUGCUUCAUAUAAGUAUCAACAGACAGAUAGGUGUUUAUGGCUACACCUUCUUAUACAAUAGAUCGAUUAACAAACACAGGGUCCAUUGUCAAUGCAAAUUAUGUCAUAAUGGUAACUAUGAAAUGGUGAGAGUACCAGUUAUCAACUGUACUUAUCCAAUCAGAGCUUACCAUCUUGCCACCCAGUAGCGGUUCUAGGCACGGGCGAACAGGGCAGCCGCCCGGGGCGGCAUUUGUGUCAUGACUCAUGGGGGGCGGCACGAGCACUUCCAAAAAAAUAAAAUAAAAGAUAAUAAUAAUAAAUCUUAACCGCAAAGCGGUUUUGUAUUAACUCUUGUUGUCAAAUUGGCGCCCCCCCGCUGCUGUAGGCACCCCUGCUUGCUCCGAAGGUGCUGCACAGAGGCUGACAGACUGUAGGAGACGAGGCGGGGAGAGAGUCGCGGGGCGACAGCUCUGCUCUGUGUACGCAUGUCAGCAUAUCAGCGGGAGCGCGGAUACGUCAUUUUGUAGUUUUUUAAUCAUUUCUGGAGUCGCGGUGAAUGAAAUCACCGUACCCGUCUGCCUUUGAUAGGCGAAUAAAGCGCUCGGGUUCAUGCUCGGAUCUUGCUACGUGCUUGAUGAGCUUCAUGAGUGAAGUAAACAAAGACGGAGGCAAAGAGCAGCUUCAGAGGAGAAACAUCCAGCAGUGUGAACAACCUCUUCAUAUGGAGUGCUGUGGCUCACACUAUCAGCGUUUUCUCUGAGUGUUGCAUGACUUUGGGUGAGAACAGAGAUGAACACACUGUCAGCCACGUAUUUAUUUAUUCAUUUUUUAGUUUUCUGCUUUUGUACUGGCACUAUACUGGGGCAGCUGUAUACCCUUUCAACACCUUAUUUUCUAUAUUUACAUUUGUAUUGAAUGGACACUUUGUCAUGACUGCCACUUGUUUUACAGAAAGCAAAUUAUUUGUCAUUCUCCAGUGCAGAGCCUCUACUUUUAUUUAUACAGCCGCUUUAUUUCAUUUGCGUUUGUUUGUUCAAGGUUUUCAAAAUGUGAUGAAGGUUCGCAAAACUAAAGGAGAGCUUUCUUGAAAGCCACGUGUUUAAGCUCUCAAAUACUUUUUGAAUUUUGUUUCUAUCUACUACAGAGGCCGAGAUAGCAGCUUUUUUGUAAACCUUAACACUUCAGAAAACCUCAGGAUCUGGGGGCCCUUCUCAAAAUGGCCCUCAGGAUUGUGUUUUUUUCUAUUGAAGGAUUUCUGCAAUUGAGAAAUAUAUUAUUUUUGUUGUUAUAAUAAUAAUAAUACUACAUAGUAAUACAAAACUAUCUGUUCAAAAUUCUAUCUCUUUUUGUGUUUGUUUGUGUGUGUGUGUGUGUGUGUGUGUGUGUGUGUGUGUGUGUGUGUGUGUGUGUGUGGGGGGGGGGGGGGGGGGGGGGCACUUGGAGAGGUGCUCGCCCGGGGAGUAAUUUGGUCUAGAACCGCCACUGUUGCCACCUCACUAAACAUGAUGUACUGAGAGGCUGUUGCUUUUGCGCUUACCGUGCCUUAGUCCACACCCUACAGAUGGAGAGACAAAAAGGGGUAAAUGUCUUUGUUCUGAUGUGUUUCAGGUCCAGUCUGGAUGAGUACUGCCCAGUAGAGCAAGUGGACUCAGUGCAGAGCAGAGUACUGGCUUUACUGGAGAGUCUGUAUGGACAGCUGGAUCUACACAAAGACUAUGAACACAGCAGUACAGAGACUCAGGCCUGCCAAGCACAGGCUUCUUAA